UUCAGCCUCGCAUUACCUAUCUCUCUCCUCUUCUCUCUUUCUCUCUCUAUAUAUCGUCUUGCAACCCACCAUUUCUCUCUCUACAUAUAUCUCUUCGCGAAUUCUCUCUCCCUGUCUCGUUCGCUGACACUCAAUCCAAUCCUCCAUUUUCUCGAACAACAAGGAAUUGAACAAACGGCGAAGUCGUGUUUAUAUCGUUCGUGUCGAUCCGUUACAGUUUCAUGUGAGUUUUGGACCUGGCUAUUGGUUACUGGGUGCGGCCUUAGAUAUUGCUACAUUGAGAGAGCCCGAGCUUUGGCGCUGGUUGACCGUGAAGAUGGAAAUUGUCUUUAUUGUUUGCUGGAGCUUGGAGGAGUCAGUUAGUAUUACCACGUGUAAUGUUGUGAAAUAAAGGAUAGGUAAAAGUGGAUUUGGAGGAGAAAAUGAUUAGACAUGAUUGAAAGAUUUGUCGGUUUGUGAUAUAGUGUGAGAUAGAGCCCGAAUAAAAACAAGACUCAAUGAUUGAUUUUACACGAUGACGCCGAAUCAGUGUAACUAAGGUGAGGAGAAAUAAUAAAUGCAGAGAUGACUACAACUUCAAUAAGUUAAAAGGAUAGUGUCUCUUAUGCAACGACCUCAAUGAUUCCGGUAAUGUCAGCUCUUUAGAUGAGAAUGUACAGAAUUCCUAUUUUCUGGUCUGGAGAAAUGCAACAUGCUGAGGAGGUGGCAAUGGGAGAUUCUAAGGAUGAGAAAUGGAAUUAAAACUUAAAAUUGAGGACAUGUCUCCAGCAUCCAGAUCUAAGUCCAAAGACAAAAAGGCUGGCAAGGAACCUCAAAAGGGUAUUUCAAAGCCUUCAGGUCAUGCUAACACAAGUAAUGGGACCCCAGCAAGUGGAUACAAUCCUCUUCUGGGAACAUUUCAUACAUUUGAGGCAGCACCCGUGCCUUCUGCCAGUCCACUUCAUGUGAAUGGUCGAUUCCGGAAUAUAGAUGAUACAGAUGAUCAUAAUGGAAAUUCAUCUGCGGCUGGUGUUGAAUAUGAUUCUGUUUCUAAUAAUGGCAGCUGGUCUGGUGAGUCGGAAGAUCAUAAAGAAAAAACAUCUCAGCCCCAUCCCCGGCAGGAGUCAGUACCUGGAGCUGACAAUGACAAAAGAGAAAAAAUACGCCAGAAGAAUGAAAGGAAACAUCAACGUCAAAAGGAGAGGCGAGCUCAAGAGUUGCAUGAACGGUGCAGUGGCUAUCUCAUGUCAAGAAAGCUAGAAGCACUCGCUCAACAGCUUGUAGCUAUGGGUUUCUCUCAGGAACGGGCAACAAUGGCUCUUAUUUUGAAUGAAGGUAGAGUAGAGGAAUCAGUGGCAUGGCUCUUUGAAGGUGGCGAAGAAGACAAGCAUAUGGAACAUAAUCUUGAUAGUGGGGGUAAUUUGAAAAUCGACAUAUCAGAAGAGCUUGCUCGUAUUACAGACAUGGAAAUUAGAUAUAAAGCUUCCAAACAGGAGGUUGAAAGAGCUGUAGUUUCCUGUGAGGGUGAUCUUGAGAAGGCCGAAGAACUGUUGAAGGCACAGAAGGAGGAGCCUCCUGCUGUCCCUUCCAAGCCUGAAGAAACUGGCGAUCCUCCUACUGUGGCCAACAGCAAGCAACCAAUAGCGAUUAGUCAGAAUCCCUUGAGAAUACAAGGGAAGUCUAAUUCAUCUACUAUUGUGCAACAGAAAAGGGAUGAAAAAGAUUUUAACUAUACAAAAGUUCCAGUAACCAUAGGAUCUUCAGUGGAACCUGGGUCCAAAAAUAUUCAGGUGCUAAAGAAAGUGCAGCCUAAGUUGGAUUGGACCAAACCACAGCAGAUAUCUGCACCAGCAGAGAAAAGGUGGGCAAGUGCAGCGUCUAAUGCUUCCUCUUCCUUUUCAGUAGCAUCACCCUUGCAGGCUUCGCCUCCCCCAGCCAAAACAGAAAGCCGUUACAUGGCUGUUGGAAAUGAAUUGAAGAAUUUACAGCUUGGAUCGGUGAAAGAACCGGUCAUUGUCAUGCAGCGACCUCAAUCCAUUAAUGGGAAGCAAGCUCCCAGCACAAGUCUUAGCUCUUCUCCUCCUGGGACUGGUGUGGGUUGGUAUCCAAAUUCUGUUGAAACGGUGAAGCCCCAUGGGUUCGUGCCACCACCUGUUGCUGUAUCUAGAAGCCUUAGUCCCAAUGGUGUUACUUCAAAUCCAUUUUACAACCAACUUCACUACCAACCACAGCAGCAAUUUGUGUCCAGCAGUAGCUCAAUGGAUUCUCUGGGAACCACACGGGGGAACGGUUUGUGGAGCAGAGGAGGUGCAUCACCAGCGCUUGCUGCAGCUUCCUCCCUUGGGCUCUUCUCUGGGGUAGGUACCAACGGGACAUCAGGGUCUUCAUCUCCGGUGGAUUGGAACACAGGCAGCUCGAUGUUGCAGUUUGAUUAUACCAACAUAGACUGGAGUUUGGAUCGUGGAUCAUUAUCGUCAAGGCCCAAUGGGCUGUGGACUGGUGCGAACUACUCCAUGCAAAACAAUGCUCGUACGUAUGAUUCAUUUGCUUACGGUCUAGGUAUGAAGUCCGCUAUGAGGCCUGUCCUUUCCAAUGGGAAUGGUGCACCGCAUCCAGGAUUGCAAGAUGGGGUAACUUCUACUGAUCCAACUGGUGGUGGUUCUCGAGAAUGGACAUCUCCAUUUGAAGAGAAAGACCUUUUCAGUUUACCCAGACAGUUUGUUUCCUCCCCUUCUCUGUAAGAUGAAUGACGAGGACUUUUAAGAAUAAAGAAGUAAAAAAGACAAUGAAUUUGCGCUUGCAUUUGGUGUUGGUGUUGGUUCUUUUGAUGCUCUGCCUUGUCGAUGUUGUGAAUUUUUAAUCUUAGUGGAAAAAAGCAUCAAAAGCUCCCUUUA